GGGAGAGAGAAGAAGAGGAGGAGGCACUUCAAGAAGGAACUGCAGGAAAAAAAAAGUUUGAGAGAAGACAACAUUUUGAAACUGUAAAUAUGAGCUGAGAAGCUCUACCAAGCCCUUGGCGUUUUACAACAGCAACAUGUGCAGGAAAAUGAACUUGGAGGAGACGUGGUGAACCGUCGCUCUUGUCUUACGUCUACUGAGGUGGGCAGAGGAGGACGCAGAGGUCUGGACCAAAGAACAAUCAAGCCUCGAGUUCAUUUCAGAUGGAGGUGGAUGCGCCAGACGAGAAGCGCCAUCGCACCCGUUCCAAAGGUACCCGAGUGCCCGUGGAACCAGCAAUACAAGAGCUGUUCAGCUGCCCAACACCAGGUUGUGACGGGAGUGGGCACGUCAGUGGAAAAUAUGCAAGACACCGAAGUGUGUACGGCUGCCCGCUGGCCAAGAAGAGGAAAUCGCAUGACAGGCAGCCUCAGGAGCCUGCCCCCAAGAGGAAGGCCUUCCUGGCGCACUUAGACAACUCCUCCAUGGAGGAGUGCUACGAGACCGACGGCACCGAGGACAUGGAGGAGCGAGUGGAGGACGAGGAGGAGGAGGAGGACGAUGAUGAGGAAGAGGAGGAGGAGGAAGAAGAAGAGGAGGAGGUCUACUCGGAGGACAAUGAGGAGCACGUGGAGCAGGAGGAUGGCGAAGUGGAGAGAGGAGAGGAAGAGGAGGAAGGAGAGGAGGAAGAGGAGGUGGAGCAGGAGGAGGAGUGCAUAGAAGAAGAGGAGGGUGAGGAGGGAGAGGAAGAGGAAGAGGAAGAUGAUGAGGAUGAUGAUGAAUAUGAGCAGAAUAGCCAAGAAUCAGAGGAGGAUCAUUUGAACAACGGCUACGCCAAAUCUGGCCCAGCGGGGGAGAAGGACGACAACAAUAACGAUGAGUAUGAGAACUAUGACGAGCUGGUGGCCAAGUCGCUGUUGAACCUGGGCAAGAUAGCAGAGGACGCUGCCAACCGGGCGAUGACUGAGUCUGAGAUGAACAGCAACUCGUCCAACAGUGCUGAGGAGGAGGAGGAUGAUGAGGAAGACGAGGAGGAGGAAGAUGAUGAAGAGGAGGAGGAGGAAGAUGAUGAGAACGAAGGAGGCUCCAGGAAAGGUGAGCUGAGUCUGGAUGUGGACAGUGAUGUGGUGCGGGAGACAGUGGACUCUCUCAAGCUGCUGGCGCAAGGACAUGGGGCAGUGCUGUCCAACAACCUGGACGAGGGGGCCUUCGACGAAGACAGGGGUCUAGAGAAUGGAGAUGGCUGCAUUGGAGCGAACAGCACCAAUGGGCAGGCCGGAGGCUGCGGUCGCGGGGGUUUCGGCGGUGGUGCGCACGGGGGCGGCCAGUGCAAGCCGACUAGCAACGGGCAGCCGGUGGAGGAGAGCGACGAGGACGUGUGUCUGAGCAGCCUGGAGUGCCUGCGCAACCAGUGCUUCGACCUGGCCCGCAAGCUCAGCGAGACGCAGUCGACUGACCGCUCGUCCACGCUGGCGCAGCAGACGCUGCAGACCCUGCAGCACCAGCAGCAGCAGCAGCACCACCUGGACAGCCAGUCGCACCACGGCUUCGGCGACUGCCAGCAGCAGCAGCAGCCCAGCCCCGAGGAGCGCCGCGCCCUGGAGCGCAACUACUCGGACAUGGUCAACCUGAUGAAGCUGGAGGAGCAGCUGAGCCCGCACUCCAAGGCCUUCGCCAGCUGCGCGCGCGAGCGCCACGACGCCUACUUCGACCGUGACGAGGACACCACGUCCAUCACGUCCGACCGCUCCGAGGAGGUCUUUGACAUGACCAAGGGCAACCUGUCGCUGCUCGAGAAGGCCAUCGCGCUCGAGUCCGAGCGAGCCAAGGCCAUGCGCGACAAGAUGGCCCUGGACUCGGCGCGACGAGGCGGCAUGCGGAUGCACGACGACCACCACGGUCAUCGCCACGGCCACGGCCACAGCUACGGAGAGGAUCGCAAGCCGCGGAUGCAUCACGAUGGCAUGAAGAAACCUUACUACCCAAAAGAUUCUUCUCGCUCAGACAAGAAGGAGAGCCGGUGCCCGACGCCUGGGUGCGAUGGGACGGGUCAUGUGACUGGUCUUUACCCCCAUCACCGAAGCCUGUCGGGGUGUCCUCACAAAGACAGGGUGCCACCAGAAAUUCUUGCAAUGUAUGAAAAUGUUCUUAAGUGUCCUACACCCGGCUGCACAGGACGCGGCCAUGUCAAUAGCAACAGGAACUCCCACAGAAGCCUCUCGGGGUGCCCCAUUGCAGCGGCAGAGAAGCUGGCCAAAGCCCACGAGAAGCACCAGUCAUGCGACGGAAGCAAGUCGAACCAAGGCUCAGAUAGGGUGCUGAGGCCGAUGUGCUUUGUGAAGCAGCUAGAGAUCCCUCAGUAUGGACACAACGUGCCCACCACCACCCCACGCUCCAACCUGGCCAAAGAGCUGGAGAAGUACUCCAAGACCAGCUUCGACUACAACAACUACGACAGCCAUGGGGUGUACGGAAAAAGGGCCAUCGCACCCAAGGUCCAGGGCCGAGACACGUCCCCCAAAGGAUAUGAUGCCAAGCGCUACUGCAAGACCUCCAGUUCAGCAAGCAGCACAGCCAGCAGCUACGCGCCGAGCAGCAGCGGCAGCAGCCUGAGUUGUGGUGGAGGAGGAGGUGGAGGAGGAGGAGGAGGUGGAGGAGGAGGAGGUGGGGGCAGCAGCGCUAGCAGCACCUGCAGCAAGAGCAGCUUCGACUACACGCACGACAUGGAGGCGGCGCACAUGGCCGCCACCGCCAUCCUCAACCUGUCCACGCGCUGCCGCGAGCUUCCCCAGAGCCUGGGCGCGGGCAAACCCCAGGAGCUCUGCCCACGGAACUUGGACUUAGAGUUGGAUGAGAACGGCACGCUGGACCUGAGCGUGAGUAAGGCGGUGGCAGUGGCGCCGCACCACCAGCAGAGGGAGCCGCCGCCGCCUCACGGCCAGCCGCCGCAGCUGUGCGAGCGGGAGGGCAGCUGUGCCGUGCUCACGCCGCUGGAGCCCAUGUCGCCCCGCCGCCAGGCCCUGCUCAGCGGCCACUGCUACCCCCUGGGCCAGGCCGACUGCUGGGACCCGCACCUCGACUACGCCAAGAUCAAAUGCAUCGACGAGGACGACCCCAAAGAGCCUGAUGACCUGGACCCCUUCCAGGACAUUCUGGACGAGAGCCCCUAUGCCGGCGAUGUCAACCUCCCGAGUCCGAAGCCGAAGUUCGCCCCCUGCAAAGAAAGCAAAAAGGACCUGAUAACAUGCCCAACACCAGGGUGUGAUGGAAGUGGUCACGUGACCGGUAAUUACGCCUCACAUAGAAGUCUUUCAGGUUGUCCUUUAGCUGACAAAAGCAUUCGAAGCAUGAUGGCCACCAACUCACAAGAACUCAAGUGCCCGACUCCGGGCUGCGAUGGCUCGGGACAUAUUACUGGGAACUACGCCUCCCACAGAAGUCUAUCGGGAUGUCCCCGGGCACGGAAGAGUGGCAUUAAGAUAACACACAGCAAAGAAGACAAAGAGGACCAGGAACCAAUCAGGUGUCCGGUACCUGGUUGUGAUGGGCAGGGUCACGUGACGGGGAAGUAUGCGUCGCACCGCAGCGCUUCGGGAUGCCCGCUGGCCGCCAAGCGGCAGAAGGACGGCUACAUGAACGGCUCGCAGUUCACGUGGAAGGCCGGGAAGACGGACGGCAUGUCCUGUCCCACCCCUGGUUGUGACGGCUCGGGGCACGUGAGCGGCAGCUUCCUGACACACCGCAGUCUGUCGGGAUGUCCCCGCGCCACGUCGGCCAUGAAGAAAGCCAGACUGUCAGGGGUGGAGAUGUUAACGCUAAAGCAGCGGCCCAGCAACGGACUAGAGAAUGAUGAAGAGAUAAAACAGCUGGAUGAAGAAAUCAAAGAUUUAAGUGAAUCUAAUUCACAGGUGGAGGCAGAUAUGAUCAAACUCCGAACACAGAUUACCACAAUGGAGACUAAUCUGAAGUCGAUAGAGGAAGAAAACAAGGUGAUUGAACAGCAAAAUGAAUCUCUCCUGCAUGAGCUGGCCAACCUGAGCCAGUCACUGAUUAACAGUUUAGCUAAUAUCCAGCUCCCUGAUAUGAAACCGCUGCAACACAAAGAGGCACCCAUUAGAAAUAACAGCUGCUUACAGUUGCACCAGAGAGAGCCAAUCAGCGAGCAAAACUUUGAUGCGUAUGUGACAACACUGACAGAUAUGUACACAAAUCAAGAUCAAUACCAGAGUCCAGAAAAUAAAGCCCUGUUGGAAAAUAUCAAGCAAGCGGUACAAGGAAUACAAGUGUAGCCACCCAUCAAGUGGAAGGCAUGUUCUCAUAAAAAAGUUGAGGAAAAGACACUAACAAAACAAAACAAAAGAAAAACAACAAAAAAGUCAAACAGGAUGCCUCAUGGUUUGUUGCUGUAAUUUUACCAGACAGUGUUAAAUAUUCACUUCAGUUCUUUUAAAAGAAAAGAUAAGUGUUAUGCUUUCAAAACAUCAUAUUUUUUUCUUUCUUGUCUUGCUUUCAAUGAUAAUAGUUACUGGCAGACUAGUUUUUGAACAAAAAAAAACAAAAAAACAUUCACAUUUUGUACGUUUUCAUAUGAGCUAACAUAGUGUGAUGUAAUGUUUUUAGCCGCUCAUGUAUGCACAUUUUUAGUGUAUAUUUCGGAACAGUAAGGCAAAUCAUAUCAGACAUAGGUACUUUUUAAUGCUAGCUGACAGAGUGGCAUAAGCUGAGGAGGUUACCUUGACCUUGAUGAUGAAAAUUAAAAUAUAUCUAUAUAUCACUGAGGACAUACAAGGAGGUAGCUACUUUUUAAAUUUGUUUCUCCUCAUCCGAUGAUUUAAUGGAAUUUUCAAUGAGAUUUUUGUGUGUAUGUGUCCAAGCAAGACUUGGUUGUAAAUUGCUUUAUUUUUUAACAAUGCUUGAAAACUCUUUUGUCUUUUGUUAAAAAAAAUAUAUAAAUUUGGUGGCGGCGAGUGGGGGCACUUCAAAAAGAUGUUGGAAAUGAGCAUCGAAAAGAAACUGACUUGAUGUAUGAAUGUUACAGUUUUAUUGUAAACAUCAUGACACGGAAACCCAAUGGUGAAAAUCCCAUUAUCUAGUAAGGACUAUUCUCUUCAGUAGAAAAAAACAUCUUUAUUUUGCUUUAGUAGAUAGCCAUUAUCACUCAAUCAGCAACAAGGUGAUGGCAAUUUAGACUCCAAGCAUCAUCCUAGCAUGAACUUUUACUUAUGUUUAAUUUUCAAAAUGGCAGUAGUAGUUAGAAUCGGGCAGCGUCUCAGCAAUAUUAAAUCACAUGUUUAUAGAUAUGGGAUGCAAUCUACAUGGAAAACAGUUUGGGUAUAUGCAAUUUCUUGUUUGUAAACAUAGCGGGAGAACUGAUAAAUCUUUUUACUAUAUGUAAAAUAUUAAUUUUUAUAUAAAUCUUUUAAUACAAAAAAUGUUUUAGAAAAGGGAGGGAUACAAACAUUCAGUUUAAAAGGUGAGAGGUAAAUUGUUCUUUCUGAGUUCCUCUUUCUUUUAUGUACAAUUUUGCACAGGGACACCUUCGUUUCCAUGUUUUGAUGUUUUUACAGAAACUUAAGCAGUACUUGAGAGCCUAAAUCGAUACACAAGGUUUUUGUAAAGAAUAUAUAUGUAGAGAAUGAGAGCGGGACUUACAGGGUCAUUGUCCCCACUUAUGUGCCAGUAGACUAUUUGCACUUGUCCUAAAGAUAUAUCCUAAUAAGCGGCGCUGUGCAAUUUCCAUGUGUCUCUUGGCACGCGAUUGGAAGAAAAAAAAACUGCAAGGAGUAUCAACAGUAUCAUGGAGGGAGACUACAGGGAUUUCCAAUCAAAAUAACGCCGAUACUGAUAACAGUAAUAUUAUCAAUUAGAUGACAAUUAUAUAAUUUCAUUUUGGUUUGUUAUAUGAUUAUUGAAUAUCCCCAACUGCACUUUAUAUCUAAUCACUGUACAAAAUGGUCAAAUAAUCAAUGAAAAGGUAUUAAAGAUGGAAAAUCUCUUUUUAUUUGCCAGUAGACUAAAAUCUUAAACACACUCUGUAGUUAAUCUUUGGGGUGAUGCAGUUCUAGGUCUGUGGGCGCCCCCUCCCCAAUUUCUGUUGUGCUAUUAGUUGUUAGCGACCAUGUUAAAAAUUUGCCUUUUUCGAGAGCUAAUGCAAAGGUGCUUGUCGUUCACCUGAUCUCAUGUAUUGUACUUUAUGUCCUCUUUUAGGACUCCAUCCUCCAUAGCUGCAUAUGCCUUCCUCCACAGCAUUGUGUCUGAAGCUUUUUGCCAAUAUAGUAAUGCUUUCAGUAGAGUAAUAGCUAGUAUCAGUUUUUUAAUUAUCAUCAGUACAAUGGAAAGGGAUUUUAAGCACAAACCUGCUGCUCAUCUACUGUUGGUACAUAAUAUCAAAUUUAAAAAAGAUAUCUGUGACUAUUUACAUAGGGAACACAAAAAGGUAUCACAUAUUAGAAUGCUGAAAUUUCAUAUAAAUUAUUGUGAAUUCAUCAGAGUUUAUUUAUUCUAACUUGUUCAUUUGGAGGUUAAUUUAAGUACUCAUUAACAAGACAGGAUUUUGUAUAAACUAUUGUGCUCUCCGUGGAACUGAAGUUUAAUUUAUUUUUGUACUACACAGCAUGGAUUUGUUGACAUUUUAAUUUUGCUAUAAAUGUGUGAGAUCACAAGUUGCUGUGAUAUUUCAUUUUUAAAUUGUGAAAUUUGUACAAUUUUUGUCAUGCUGGAUGUUGACACAUCUUACUCUGAAUAAAGAAAUAUUGUGUUGCCACA